GCUCGCCUUAUCUCGUGGCGAGUUAAGGUCCCAGACCUUAACUCGCCCUAACUCGCCUUAACUCGCCUUAACUCGCGUUAACUCGCCUUAACUCGCCUUAACUCGCCUUAACUCGCAAGGGUCAGUAGCCAGAUUUUUCCUUAACUCGCCUUAUCUCGCCUUAACUCGCAUAGGCUCGCCUUAUCUCGCGGCGAGUUAAGGUCCCAGAGUAGGCCUGCCAAUAAGAUAUAUCAAAUGAUGAUUGUCCCUAUUGUAACCUACAGUGGGACAAUAAAGCUAUUGUACACAAGAACACAGCUAGAGAAAUUAGGCAGCAUUGAAAAGCGAGCUAAAGAAAUUAUUGGAUCGGAAAUAAGCAUACCGUCGACGUAUCUGCAUAAGUUAAUGAAAAUGAAAGCUUGUAUGAUUGUAAAAAAAUGUCUGGUAAACGACAUAUGUAGUAACUUCUGUGGAUAUUUUCAAGUUAAUAACCAUGAUAAAGGCACGCGAAAUAGUGCUAUCCUAGUAAAGCUGCCAAAGGUAAAACUUGAGUUCAAUAGGCAAGCCUUUCGAUUUGCGGGUGCUAAAAUAUAUAACGAGCUCCCAAUUGAAGUAAGGAACGUUGUAGACGUUAAAUCUUUUAACCGUGCGUUGGUAAAACAUUUUAGUCAAACAUUUUAGUUAGCUUUAGAUAGAUGUGUAGUUUUUAAUAUAGAACUGGUGCUACGUAGGUUUAAAUUGUAUUAUUCUAAGGAUUUUUAGAUUGUUAGUACAAAGAGGACGCAUGUUGAUAACAGUAGUAUUACUGAAAUGCUUAUCCUCUGUAAAUAUUCUUAAAUAAAUAUUCUUAAAUAAAUACAUACAAUCUCAGAAAUAGGGAUACAGAUUAAUUAGCACCACCUAUGCCGAAAAAAGAAUUCGGCAAGAGGUGCUUCAGUUAUAACCGUGCCUUGCAUUGGAAUAAUCUUCCCCAUGAGGCAAAAAUUGCUGAAUCCUAAGCUCUUUCAAAUCGAUAUUAAAACAAAGAAUGCGUUAAACUUGAAACUUGCUUGUGUAUGAUCGUGCAUUAAAAAUCACCGUAUUUUCUUGUCCCCUUUCCUGCAAUUUAGUCUCAUUUUAUCUUUUUUUUUAUAUUUCUUUAUUGCUUGUAAAUGGUUAAUUUUAUAUUUCACGCCCCUCAUGGAAAUCAGCCUCCCAACGGUUGUUGAGGCUAGCGUGGUUAAAUAAAGUUUGUAUGUAUAUGUAUGUAUGUAUGUACUAUAUCUUGGGCAUGCUACAUGUAGGCCAUUUAGGCAGCGUUUACACUGUACCGUUUUCGUAGCGUUCUCGUAUUGUUCUUAAUCCUCAAGGGAACGCAAGACAAUAGUCUAGUUCUCUCAAACAAUACGAGAACGCUACGAAAUCGUUCCAGUGUAAACGCUGCCUUAAAAUCAUAUACAGUAAUAUUAUAAGUAUGUAGCUAACAUUUUUUAUCUUCUUUUACAAAUAUAUCUCAUCUACAUAUGUUAAUUACAGUAGGGUAGCUGUAUAUAAUAUUUCUGUUAUUGCAGUAAUUUGUUUAAGUUUCCCUGUAUUGCUUUUAAGUUUCUGUAAAGUUUGCAAAUGAAAUUUCGAAUACACAAUGAUAUGCGGCUUUUAUAGUGAUCACUCAUGGAAGCUAUUGUUUCUAGUUUAACAGCUUAUUUUGGUGUUUUGAAUAUCUUGGCUCCGAAAGAAGGCCAGACACUCUAUGUAAACAGUGCAGCUGGAGCAGUUGGCGCUAUUGUUGGUCAAAUUGCCAAAAUUAAAGGAUGUCGAGUUGUUGGCAGCGCAGGCUCAGAUGAAAAAGUUGCGUAUUGUAAAAGUCUGGGAUUUGAUGAAGUGUUUAAUUAUAAGACCGUUACAUCUGUUGAAGAUGCAUUGAAGGAAGCUUGUCCGAAUGGAAUUGACAUGUUCUUUGAAAACGUAUGUUUAAUCUUCAUUGAUAUAGAAUACAUACAUUUAUUACUUUUAUCUUUGUGACAAAUUGUCGUUCGUCAUGCAGUAAAUUCAAAUCGUUACUAAACGUUGUUCCCAUGCAGUACUUUCCAUAUAGGCGCGCCCCAGAAAAUAACAAAAUUUGUGUAAUUAAUCUACAUUAAUACAAUACAUGCACUGAAAACGUGUCCUACUAAUCUAUAUAUUUUAAAUCUUUCAGGUCGGUGGUCCAGGGUUUUCAAAAGUAAUCAAGCUAAUGAAUAGAGAUGGUCGUGUUGCAGUUUGUGGUGCUAUUGCAACAUACAAUGCAAAAGAACCUGCAAUGCGUAUGUAAUUGCAUUAAUAACUUUUUAUUUUUUGCAUACAAAGUUGUACGUACAAUUUGUAAAAAUCUAAUUGUUGGAAUAAGUACAGAAUUUUUUCUGAUAACAAUAUAACUUUUUUAAUACAGUUGAAGAUUUUCUGGGGAACGUAAUUCGAAAUCGACUCAAAAUACAAGGAUUCACCGUGGCCCUGUAUGAAUUCGAAUAUCCAGUGGGCAGGAAAGAACUCGUGCAAUGGAUCAAAGAGGUAAAGAAAAAGUCCGUGUUUGAACACAAAUUGAUGGUAUAUACGUGCCAACACUGUCCAGAAUUUUCGACAUAUCUUUUUCGUUCUUUUCAUUAGUAGCUAGGUUUACCUUUAAACGGAUGACAUUACUGAAGGUGUAGAGGAACAUCAAUUGCCCUAGUGCAUAUCAUCGCGUAGAAAUAGUGGUAUUUGUACUUCAUCUUCACUACGCUAGUCAUUAUUAAUCCAUCUCAAGUUUCAUUACUAACCCAUCUCAGUCCUUGGACUGGAUCAAAAUUAAUUCACCUCGCUUUAAGUAGUGAUUCAUUCGUAUGAGAAGUCAUUUCGAUCAAAUCCUACAAAUCGAACUGGUCUAAAUUUCAAGUCCUCACAUGUUGAUCAAAUUGCGCGGACCUGAAAUCGUGUCCAGUCUUCAUAGUUGGAUUUGAAAUGUUACAUAUAAUUGAGGAUACUAGUAUGUGGUAAGCAAGUCAAAUGCAACAAUAUGUAGAAUUUCGCCUGCCAUUUUAAGUUUCACUUGGCAGUUCAAAUUAUUUUCACCUCAGCCAUUUCUAGCCAUAUGGCCUGCUUUUGGCCGUUGGCAAGCUGCUAUUUCUAGACGAUAAUUACGAUAUGAUUUUUAAGUAUAUAGCCUAGCUUAAUACCGUCAUCAGUUAGAGCUAAUAUAUACUCUGAAAUUAUUCUAGUGAUAGAAAAGGUAAAAUAAAACCAUUUUUGCGACAUAAACUGUAACACAUAUAUUUUUGUUCCGUUUUAGGGUAAAAUAAAGAUAAAGGAACACAUCACAAAUGGCUUUGAAAAUCUUCCAAAGGCAUUGAUUGAAUUGUUUACCGGAAGCAACUUUGGAAAAGCCGUUGUAAUAGUUUCAAGUUCAUAG